AUGAAGCUGAUUGCAUACCUCCUCCUGGCCCUCUCCGCCAUCGGCGGUGCCCUCGCCGUCGAGGCCCAGAAGUCCUUCCUCGUCUCCUUCCCCGAAGAGACCAGCGACGGCAUCAUCGACGCUGCAAAGAAGCAGAUUGCCGACGCAAAGGGGGUCGUCACUCAUGAGUACACCAUAAUCAAGGCCUUCGCUGCGACGGCUGGAGAGAAGGUGUUUGAGAGUCUACAAGUCUGGGCACAGGAUACCGGCGCCACUGUCGAGGAAGACAAGGUCGUCACGCUCAACCCGCAACACUCCUGA